AGCAAAUUUCUUAUUUAUGCCUGCCUGCUGCUUUUUUCUGUGUUGCUCUCCCUACGCCUGGAUGACAAAAUUCAGUGGAGUUACUGGGCUGUAUUUGCUCCAAUAUGGCUAUGGAAGUUAAUGGUGAUUGUUGGUGCCUCAGUGGGAACAGGAGUAUGGGCUCGAAACCCGCAGUAUCGAGCAGAAGGAGAAACCUGUGUGGAGUUCAAAGCUAUGCUGAUUGCAGUAGGCAUCCACCUGCUGCUGCUGAUGUUUGAAGUUCUGGUGUGUGACAGGAUCGAAAGAGGAACCCAUUUCUGGCUCCUGGUCUUCAUGCCAUUAUUCUUUGUAUCUCCAGUGUCGGUGGCAGCUUGUGUGUGGGGAUUCCGACAUGACAGGUCCCUGGAGUUGGAAAUCCUGUGUUCAGUCAACAUUCUACAGUUCAUAUUUAUUGCACUCAGACUAGACGAGAUCAUCAGAUGGCCGUGGCUUGUUGUUUGUGUUCCACUGUGGAUCUUGAUGUCCUUCCUCUGUCUAGUAGUGCUCUAUUACAUCGUAUGGUCUGUUCUGUUCUUGCGCUCUAUGGAUGUGAUUGCUGAGCAAAGGAGGACACACAUAACAAUGGCUGUCAGCUGGAUGACAAUUGUAGUUCCACUGCUCACAUUUGAGAUCUUACUAGUACACAGAUUGGAUGGGCAUAAUUCUUUUUCUUUUAUACCCAUAUUUGUUCCUCUCUGGCUUUCACUGAUAACUUUAAUGGCAACAACAUUUGGACAAAAAGGAGGAAAUCACUGGUGGUUUGGAAUUCGCAAAGACUUUUGCCAGUUCCUGCUUGAAAUUUUCCCAUUCUUACGAGAAUAUGGAAAUAUUUCUUAUGAUCUUCAUCAUGAAGAUAAUGAGGAAACAGAAGAAACACCACUGCCUGAACCACCAAAAAUUGCACCAAUGUUUCGAAAAAAGACUGGAGUGGUCAUUACACAGAGUCCUGGAAAAUACGUGAUUCCACCUCCCAAGUUAAACAUUGAUAUGCCAGAUUAAGAUGACAGCAGAAUAUUAAACUUGAACUGGGAAUCA